AUGUCUACAACCAAAACAGCACGUGUUGACCAACCCGCCCCGACCAAACCACCCUUCCUAACGCCAGGGGACAUCACUCCAGAAGUACUUCGCACCUGGGAAAUGGGUUGCCGACAGUACUUCAAGCACAAGGACAUCCCCGUCGACGAGCAGGUAGGGAAGGUAGCGUGGGGCAUGCAGGAACCCUCUGUCCAAGAGUGGUAUUUGAACGAUCAAGAACGCAUGGACGAACUCACCUUCGGCGAGUACAUGGACGAAGUUCGCGCUUAUUGGCUCCCCUCUGACUGGGCCGACACCAUGCGCCAGAAACUUCUAUCUUCGUGCCAAGAAAACAAAGUGUUCUCUGAUUGGGCGAUCGAGGUUCAGAGUUUGAACGCCCUUCUUCGUAAUACCACGUCUCACUUAACAGAACUCAAUCUCCGCUACCAUCUUGAAGCGCACAUGAACGCUGACCUGCGCACGGAAUAUAGAACGGAGAACGUCGCAGACAUCGCCGAAUUCCGUCCGUGGACAGAAAAGAUAUGCCUCCUCGAUGAAAAGCGUCUCCGUAAUAUCGCCAACCUUGAAGCAGCCUUUCGCGCAGAGCGCCUGAAAAACAUGGGCGAAAAGAAGCUUACCUCAUCGUCUCGGUACAACUCCAAGUCUGGACAAACGACUACCGGAAAGACAAGCACCUUCGUUCGCGUACCAGCCCUCACUGACGAGGAACGCUCCCUCCUCCGCGAGAACGACGGAUGUUUCAAAUGCCGCGAACCGUUCGCCAAACAUACCACUGCAACUUGUACUAACGGGUUCCCAGACGGAGCCACGUACAAACCUGUGACCGCUGCCACCAUCGCCGCAAAGAAAAACAGGAAGAACGGAAGGACGGUUGCUUCGGUGGAGGUCGCGAACACCGUUGCAGUGGUGAUGCCUUCAGCAGCUUUGGGUAAUGGUACAGACUCAGACGAGUGCGUAGCCCCACUAACGACCCCUUUGCUUCUUUGGGACUGUCUUAUCGACGGUCCCAAGUCCUCCUCGUGUGUAAAGGCACUGAUCGAUGACGGUUCAGCAGCAGUUCUGAUUGACGAGAGCCUAGUUGAACAACUAGGCCUCCAAAGACGGAGGCUACACACGCCAAUGCCAUUCAACGUCGCACUUUCGGGAGAGCAGAAGGACUCAUUUCUUUUAUCGAACUACGUCAGAAUCGCAUGUAUUUCCAUUGACUCUCGUUUUACUUCACGCAGUGUACGGGCCAUUGUGGCCCCAAAUCUCUGUACCCCGCUGUUAUUGGGUGGACCUUUCCUCCACCACAACAAAAUCGUCAUUGAUCACGAACUACGAACGUGUACGGUAAAGGAUCAAGACUACGAAUUGCUCAACCCGCAAUCUCCACAACCUAAGUUUAAGAAGUCCGUGGUACCGUCCCCGCCGAAAAUGAGCGAAUAUCGACACGAGGUGUUGCGGGAAUUGAAACAUAUCCUACCCGAAUACAAACAACUCGUGGACGACUCAUGUGAACCUGUUAAUGGCGUCGACAUCGUGGCUGCCAUUCGGGAACGUAUCACUACGCUUGCAUCCGUAGAGCAGCUGAAACUUCGAGAUGCCGCUCUAAAGGUAGAAUACGAAGACAGGUUCCCCAUCGACAUUCCUCACAAUGACUCGUUACCCUCCGACGUACUCUUCCGUGUACGGUUGAAAGAUGCUAACAAAUUGAUACAGCAACGGGGAUACGAUUGUCCGCGUAAGUAUCGCGACGCCUGGAAAACCCUGCUCGACCAACAUGUCGAGGCAGGACGACUUCGACCAUCUGAUAGCCCUCACUCAUCACCGGCAUUCAUCAUUCCAAAGGCCAAUCCAAUGGCCUUGCCUCGGUGGGUGAAUGAUUUUCGUCAGUUAAACUUAAAUACCGUUCCAGAUAACCACCCACUCCCACGGAUCGAUGAAAUUCUGCGCGAUGACCUGCACCAAACCGGUUCGGUGCAUGGAUGA